AUGGUGGUACGAGACCAGUCACAGGCCAGAGUUGCCAAUGAAGCGUGGAACUCGCCCAGUCGAUCUAUUUCGCCUAUGGCACAUUAUCAAGGCACUCCAGCUGGAACUCAAUUGAGCGGAUCAAAUGCAUAUGUGUAUCCGUCACCGGAUCGCCAUUUUUGGAGAAGCCCAACUCCAGAACAAGCUAAUUUUAGCAGAAGACCUGGUUACGUUCGGCUUUUGGAACAUGUCAUCCAGAUGUCCACUCAACUAGCAUUUCCACAUCACGAUUCUGUUCCACAAGUCGGUAAUGGCGUGAUAUAUCAAGGUUUUAAUCAUGAAGAUGCUUUUGGGGUUCGCUCGCUCGGACAGGUGUCCCACGAUAUCAAAAUUGGCGCUGCUGGAGAGCUUUUGGUAUUUGAAAUCCUUUCAUCUCUUCUCUCCAACCGUGAAGACAAUUUUGGUAGAGAGAAUUGGAAAAGUCGAAUACGACACGAGGUCACAGUGCACCCGGCCUACAGUGAUAUGCCGCCCUGGAGAGGGACGGAGACGGCCGAUAUCGUCUUCUCAGACUUUCAGAGUACUCUGACAGGAAUACUUGUACAACAUGGGUACUUGGAUGAAACAUGGGUGGGCGCUUGUCCAAGAUAUUUCAUUGAAGUUAAAACAACAACCGGCGAAUGUGAUGACAGGUUCUUUAUGAGCAAUGGCCAAUUCCUUCGGAUGCAAAGCUUGGCUCUUACGGAGGGGAGGGUCACAGCUGAUGUCUAUGUCAUUUUCAGAGUCUAUCACUUGACGAGAGAUAGCAUUGAUGUGAAGAUUUAUGUCGAUCCUGAGGCUCACAGAAGGAACAACAAUCUGGUGUUUGAUGCCCAGUCAUGGUCAGUAAAACGACGGGCAUGA